AUGGGUGCCUUUGGAGCGGCCAAUGGCUGGGACAGGAUACUGAACUACAGGACACUGAACAGCGGGGACAAAGACAUGGUCGGCCUGGACUGUCUGCCAGGGGAACGGGUGGUGCAGAGGGCAGUGCUGGUCAGGAAGAAGCUGAGCACCUCGGAGGGGGGCGGCUGGCUGGCGGGCACCCUCUUCUGCACCUACUUCAGGCUGGCGUUCGUGCCCCAGGACGCCCCGAGGCGGAAGGACGAUGGCGAUCCUGUCCUCCUUGGGGAUCAUGACGUAGCCCUCACCUCCAUAGAGAAGGUGGUGGCCGUGGGGCCGUCCCGAGCCAAGCACGUCACCCCCAGCUCCUCCCUCCGGUCCGCCCCCGAGCAGCUGGUCCUGUACUGCCGGGACAUGAGGGUCCUGUGCUUCCUGUUCGACCGCCUCACGCCCCCGGCCCAGGUCAUGCAGAUGACCUACACCCUUGCCAGGGCAUAUCAGCCACUGAGCCCCAGGACCGUGUGCUCCUUUCAGAACGCCACCCUGGGAAACACAGAGAUGAAGCAGUUGCUUAGCAACCGGAGACGAGACCCUGACAUGAACUGGUUUGAGGGCGUGGCCGACUGGGAGGCGGAGCUGGAGCGGACGGGGGCCGUGGGCUGGAGGGUCAGCAGCGUGAACGACCGCUUUGAGAUGGCUCCCAGCCUGCCCAGGUACAACGUGGUCCCGCACAGGGUCCUGGACACCGAGCUGAAGAGAACCUUCGCGCACUUCCACGAGGGACGCAUCCCCCGAUGGUGCUGGCGUCACCCGGCGGGCAGCGACCUCCUGAGAACGGCUGGCUUCCAGAACAACAUCUACCACGAGAAGGACGACAUCAGGAACCUGGAGAGCCUGUUAUUCGGGGGCCAGCAGCGGUGUGUGGUCGUGGAGCUGGGGGAGGAGAUGCCCACAUUGGGGGAGGUCCAGCUGGCACACACGCGCCUGCGAGCUCUCUGCCUGGGGGAUAUCUCUUCAUCGCUCUCUGUGCCUGAUGAAAAAUGGCUGUCUUCACUGGAGGCCACGCGGUGGCUAGACCAUGUCAGGUGCUGCCUGAAGAAAGCUGCAGAGGUGGCCUGUCUGCUCAGAGAUGGUCACCUGACUGUGAUCCUGCAGGAGCCUGAGGACCGGGACAUGAACUGUGUGGUGUGCAGCCUGGUCCAGGUCAUGAGCGACCCACACUGCCGCACGCGGCAGGGCCUCCAGGGGCUGGUGCAGAAGGAGUGGGUGGCGGCUGGACACCCCUUCCUCAGCCGGGGAAACUGUUACCGCCACCGUGACCGCGACCGGGAGGAGGCUCCAGUGUUCCUACUGUUCCUGGACUGUGUGUGGCAGCUGUGGGCCCAGUUCCCCUCCUACUUCCAGCUGACUGAGGAGUACCUGCUGGUCCUGCAGGACAGCACACACCUGCCACUGUACUGCACCUACCUGCAUGAUUGCCAGAGAGAGAGGAGUCGCCGCUCACAGCACCUGCCCCAGAGCUACACGCCCAUAAAUGGCUGGAGGGAGGGGCUGGCUGGCGACUCUUACCCUAUGGACCCACCCUUCCCCCCUGUGUGGGAUUGGGCCCUGUGGUACAGUCCUGAGAGGCGGGAACGUUUCACACAUCCUGUGGCCAUGCCCACCUUGCCCCUUCCUGUACUGAAUGGGGACCUCAUUGUGAGCCAGAGUGAUGGGACCCCGGGACGUGUAUUCCUCCUGUCCCGGGGUGGAUUCUCCUCCCCCUCCUUCCUCCUGCCCUGGCGUGGCGGCGGGGGCGGGGUCAUGGGCGGAGCCAGUUCGGUCCCCGCCCGAAGGAACCACCGCCUGGCCCCGCCCCCGGAGAGCUCUGCGGGACUGGAGCGGCUUCUGGCGGGCGUGGCCACGCCCCCCUCCGGCCCCCAGGAGCCUCUUUUGCCCCUCCUCUUCAGCCCCUGCGUGGGGAUAUGGAGGGCCUGCUACCUGCGGGGGGCGCUCCAGGCACAGGCCUUCUGCCACCCCCCACCCUUGCCUGGCCACCCGGUGGAGAUUUUGGCGAGGGAGGUGGAGCAGCUCAGAGAACGGCUGGCGUCGGCCGGAAGGGUUUCCGGGGAGCUGGAGACACCCGACCGGGAAGUCGGCCUCGACCAAAAAGACAACAAUGGCGCCCUCUUCCUCGGCCCCGAGUCGCAGAGCUCAGUCUUCACCCUCCUGGACUCCCUACAGAACUCCGACCUGGCUGAACUCGAAAGCACCGUCCUCUUCAGCGCCACCUAA